AUGCCAUUCGCCACCAACGCAGUCAUGCUCGUCACCGUCUAUGUCCAGGUCAACGAGGGCGACGAGCUGGUGUCGGCCAAGGUGACGCUGAAGGACGACCAAGGUCUAGCGCAGCAGGGCCCGCGGCUCAAGAUCAAGUUCCGCAAGACAGGGCACGACUUUAAGUCGGCUGCCUUCUGGGAACCAGCCGCCGUCUAUGUCUGCGAUUCGGAUGGCAACGUUGUAGGCGCAAAGUACUCGCCCGACUCUCCGUUGGAGUCCAUCGACUUUAACCACCGCACCCAGACCCUUCUCAUCUCCUACAACCAGUCGCUAGCAGGCGAGCCUGACCCUGAACCCGAGCCCGAGCCCGAGCCCGAGCCUGAGCCCGAGCCCGAGCCCGAGCCCGAGCCUGAGCCCGAGCCCGAGCCCGAGCCCGAGCCUGAGCCCGAGCCCGAGCCCGAGCCCACCCCCGAACCCGAACCCGAGCCCGAGCCUACCCCCGAACCCGAGCCCGAGCCCACCCCCGAACCCGAACCCGAUCCCACUCCCGAGCCCGAGCCCACCCCCGAGCCCACUCCCGAGCCCACCCCCGAGCCCAUCGCUGCCCCCCCGCCAACGAUCAUUGCGGGCGACGCUGACGAGGACGAGUAUGAAUCGGCUGACGACGAGAUUGGCGGCUCGGUGUCCGACUCGUCGUCGUCGGGUAUUGACGUGGCGGGAGGGGUGCUCAACGUGCACGCGCUGUCGGCGUUUGACGGCAGCUCAUCUCUCGGCCCACCGAAGCGAUCGUCGGGCCGCGGUGGGUCCACGAGUGCGCGCUCAGAGACGACGUCGUACGUGCCAUCGCUCGCCGUCUCGACGGCAGCUGUGUCGACUGCGGCUGCAGUCGAGCCCGACGCUCGGCUUGACCAUAUCUUUGACAUUGCCGUCAAUGCGGCCGUUGGCCUUGAGCUGCUGCGUGAGCGCGAAGAGGCUGAGCGCGAAUGGAUUCAACGCAAGGCCUUUGAAGUGAUUGAGUCGCGCAUUGCCAACGAGAAGGAGGCCGCCAAGCAGCUGGAGUCAGACCAGAGCGAGUAUCUGAAGGCGCUGCUGCUCCCGCCGUCGCCGGGCUCGCCGUCGCCCAUCAAGCGCGCAUCGCCUCGCAAACGCAUCGCUCCCAAAGCCCGCGCUGACCAGACCAAGUUCACCGCCGCCAUCGACGCCCUCACCCUCCAGUUUGAGAACCUGGCCGAGGAGGUCAUGAGCCUCACAUCGUUCAUCGCCGAUCCAGGUACAAACCCCAACCCGUACGAGCUGGACCCGGCUGUCCACGCCGAGGCGAGUGCUGCCGCCGCCGACGCUGCCGCUUCCGCCGCCCACCGCCCGGCGAACAACUCAACCCUUUACGAGUUUGACGCCUUCUCCGACACCUCAUUUGCCCUCGACGAGCUCUCGCCCGACAAGCCGCGGAUAUCUGGCAACCGCUCGCGGUCGCGGCGGUCGCGGUCGCGCUCGCGCUCGUCGCGCGCUCGCGACCCGACUGCGCUCGCUGCUUCGACCUUCUCAGGCUACCUCGAUCAGUCCGGCGACAAGCUGGCGUCGCCAACCAAGCGCUCGCGCCGUUCUCGUCGGCGCGGCAAGCUGCCGGGCGUCGGCGCCGGAGACGAUGGCCGCGGUCGCGCCCUCAUGACCUCGUCACCACCACGAGUCCACUCGCUCCAUCAGUACGCGUCGGACCUCGCUGCAACCGCCGACGCCACGCUUGCCGACGCCACCCACACGCUCCAGUUUCCUGGUGAGGAUGACCUUGAGCGCGAGGUCGAGCGCAUCUGCCGCGAGAACGAGCGGUAUGUGCGCGAGCGCCGCCGUACCGAGCGUGACCACGACGUUUCGGCUGCUGGCGCGGCGCCGCCGCACUCGGCACGCGAGGCCAAUGAGCGCGCCCGCCGUGAGGCUGCUACCCGUGCCGCGGCCCGCAAGCAUGAGGCGGCUCGGUCAGGAGCUCGCUCGCGGCGGGCCCGCACGCCGAAGCGCUCGCCGCCUGCCAAGCGGGCCACCCCGGUGCGGCACGUCUCACAGCCGCCGCCAGCGCCGUCGCCAGGCCUUUAUGAGUACGAGUACGAGAGCGAGUACGAGGAAGAGGCCGACCAGACACCAGCCCGCGCAGCACGCUCGCAGCCGGCGGCCCGACGCGGCUCGCGGCGCAGCGGCCAGCCACUCGCAGCCAGCCCGCAAAGUCGGAAGGCUGCGGCCGAGCUCGCGCGACGCGAGGCUGAGCUUGCCCGGCGCGAAGCCGCACUUGCUGACCGUGUCCGUCGCGAAGAAGAGCGGCUCGCGGCCGAAAAGCGGCGGCUGGUCAAGGCCGCGGCGGCCAAGCGGCGGCGCGAGAAGGCUGAUGCUUCGCAGCGGCGUGCCGCGUCGCGCGGGCGCUCGGCGUCGCGCGACUUGGACGUGACGAGGUCGUCGAGCUCACGGCAGCGGCGGAGCGCGGCGGCCCAGGUGCACUCGCCGCUCGGCUCGACAGCGUCGGUUGACCUCGAGCAUGAGUCGAGCCUCCGCCCGCGGCGCGGGCAUCGGACAGCGACGUCGCCGUCGCGGACCGAGUCGCUCUUCCUCGACUCGACGUCGAGCCGGCCGGCGCGGCGGAGCAACUCGACCAACGCCGCCGCGCUCGGCCCGCCGGGCGCUCGCAUUAGCUCGCGGCCCGACGGCCGGCUUGACGAGUCUGAGCUGGUGUACUCGCCGACCAAGCGCGGAACGUCGGCGACGUCCAAGCGCAAUGUCCGGACUCCACCGGUCCGGCGCCACAUGUCGUCUGAAGAGGUAGCGGCCAUGGCGACGCCCGAGGGCAAAGAGGUGGUCUUUGUGGCUGCUGACGGCAGCGAGUUCCGAGUCCCGAUGGCGGCGGCUCUGGCCUGCGGCGCAGUGGCGCCGUCAACCUCCAAGUUUGUGUUCGAGUCGGCGCCGCCGAUGGUUGUCGAGCUCGUCGCCGCGUACCUCAUCGAGGGCUCGCUCGAGCUGCUCACGCCCGAGCUUCUGGCCCGGCUCGGUGCCUUUGACGUCCUCCGCCUCGCCGAGACCCUUAUGGUUCCUUCGCUCUACGUCCACGUGGCCGGCAUCAUUCUCGAGACGCCCGGCGCCGACACGGCUCGGCUCGGCGCAGCCAUGAAAGCCUCGUUCCUCACCCGUGCCGACGUCAAGGACCUCAAGCUGUUGGAGGCCCGGUGCGGGAGCCCGAUAACAACGCCGGUCUUUGAUCUCUUUGUCCGCUACGCCCGCUCGCGGGCCAAGCGCAAGGCGACGAGGGCGACGACUCCGGUGGCGCGGUCAUCGCGAUCCUCGCCAGAUCUCUCGUCGCGGUCGUUUGGGCGCCGCCGGUCCCAGCGCAGCUGAGUCCUUUUACGGUAAAUCUACUCGAGCUA